AAAUUGAGCAGGCUUUUGGGAUGCUAAAGCGCCAAUGGCACAUACUACAUUCAGAAUGCAGGUACGACCCGGAUACCGCAGCCAGAAUUACAAUAACGUGCGUGGUGCUGCGUAAUCUUGCGAAUCAAAGGCAUGAACCGCUCUUCGAGGACGACGAGGACCUGGAAGUGGUUGAAAGUGACAUGGGGGAAGAAAAUCAAGAAGUCCACACUACUUCCGGCCGUGCUCUCAUAAGGAGGAUAAUCGAAGAAUUUUUUUAA